AUCAUGUCGCAGCCAUCAAACAAAAAAUCCGGGGUAUGGUGAUGGACGGGAUUCUUGUGCCUGUUGCAAUGUCAAUGGCAGCUCUUGCACCUGAGCCGACUCCAGACCCUGCAACACCAACUGUGAUGCUAAGCUGACGACGCGUAUUAUUUUGUGGACCGACUAUGCUCCGAAUUCAACCUAGUCAACACCUUCUACCAGCCGCAUCUGAUUGUAAACUUCAUGACUUGUACGCUGCUCAUGUGCACCGAAACCGUGAUGACCGAAUUGGCAGUCACCGCUACCAGCUGAGUCGCAGGGAAACCAUCACGGCUCUUCAGCAAUUCCCGUUUUGUGAAGUGAAAUCCUAAGCCUGCCUUUGUGUACAUCAACUGGUAGCGUCAACGAAUUUGGUUGGAGCCUUUUGAGUACAGCCCGAAGUGCAGAGUGACAUGCAGCCGACAACAUUGCCAAGGACGUCUGCUCGAGCAUAUAAAAGUCGAAGACCAUGGUUAUCUACAAUCACAAUACUUAGUUGCAGGGUUGGAGUUCAUCUUUAUGAACAUCUCUUGUAAGCAUUCGCACUCUUGAGACGAACUAAUAAGAUUGUGAUUGAUUGAUAAUUCUGUCAUUGAAAUUGCCUUUCACAUUGAUUUUCUUCGGGAGUUGGAGCCUUGGAGCUGUAACCUUGUUGGAGACAGGCUCUGUUUGAACAGGCUGGUGGAACAGAUAUUGAACCUUUCGUGGCGUUGAUACUUCCAAUGGCGGCGUUGAGUGCUUCCACACUGGUGCUGCUUUUCCUGGUGGGGACGGUAGCAUGUGUUGUCGAAGGAAAUACUGGUCAGGAAACUAAUAUAGGAUCGAAAGCAAACGCGGCUGGAAAGGAGGCUGUGAACGGCCAAACUGAACGUGUCAUGAUACCGUCUAUUCUAAUGGACCAUUUGUCUCCACUCGAUGCAAAAACCGCUUCGUUGUAUGCUUCGAAGAUCGGGGAUGGUUCCAUUGCCCAGCAUGCCGAGGAAUUCUGCUCGGAGGCCAAGCUAUUGUGUGAUGCCGAUGUGAAAAUCUUGGACCCUAGCAUGGACAUUUCCUUUAAGGAUCUGCUGGAGGGGGGAAACCUUCUCCAAAAGGCGAAGGACAUGAUCGAAGCCUCAACGGAGAUGUUCUUCAAUCUAAGGGAUCUUGAAAUCGGAAAGGACAUCAAAAUUUCUGCCAAUCUACGGGAUCAGUACCCUACUACAUCCUUUCUACCAGAGUCUCUUGCCAAGAUCAUGCCAGUGUCUGGUGACAAAAUUGCUGAGUUGUUGCAAAUGCUUGCUAUUCCACCGAAUUCUAAUUUGGCUCUUAUGAUGUCCCGCACAGUGGCUCACUGCGAAGUAAAAUCCAAUCCUACUAACUUGCCAGCAGUGAUCAAAGAGUCCUCUGGUAUGUGUGUGACUUCAUUGGAGACACUGACCAAGUUUUUAGGUGAUCACUUUCCACAAGACUCUCGUAUCAACGCUCUUGAUCGUACCAUCCCUGCAUCCACUGCCUCACAGGAGUCAGCGGCAAGCAAUUGCGAUAUUACUCCCUGCACUGGGAGGAACUGUAGCCAUCAGAGCCCGCCGGAACCAGCAUUAUCUUGCGUGCCAGGAAACAUGGUUGCAGAUGCUGUGCCUGUGAACACGAAGACUGCAGCCAACACCCUCAAAGUGCUUGACGUGAAGGAGUAUGAACACACGGUAGUGUGUCACAAGAACGUGUUUCCUUUCGCAGUGUACGAGUGCCGCAACUUAGACAGCAGCAAGAACAAUGGCGGUGAAGAGAAUGUGAAGAUUUAUGCUGUGGCUAUGGUGUCCCACGAAGAUGGACGCCCCUUCAACCAAAUCGCAUCUUGCCGCACUUAUGGUGGUGGUAGUCAGAAGCCGAGGAAGGCAUUGAUUCCCGAUCUGCUUGUCAACGAGUCUUCCGCAUGCCAUUGGCUAUCCGAUACCUUUGUCUGGGCACCCGUCCCCGCGGGUUGAUCGACGAGCACCGAAAACCUGGCGCAGCUUUGAGUUCUUGUCGAAGAGUCUAAGUAAACUGAACCAACACUACCAGUAAAUUUACUGUCCAUCCCUGUUGGAUCCAGGGGGCUCUUCAAGUUUGGCCCAAUCCUUGCCUCCUUGUUUGUGAGAUCCAGACAGCUUUACUUUCUGGUUUAAUCUUAUUUUCAGAGUAGAACUUUUAUGUUUAAGCACCACUCACGAGGACUUGAUUAUAAUAAGGUACACAAAAUUCAUGAAGCUGCAGACUACAUGGAAAUCAUCACAGCAGCGUGAUGUCACUUUACAGUGAAUUGUGUUUAUCAGUCAACUGAAAGCCAUCUUUUUAUCAGCGUGGUUGAGGGCAUUUUUGCUUAGUGAAUACUCCAUGUUACUCUGAACAUUGUCCUCUGCAUGUUGUAUGUUUUUGGAAUUAUAAUAAAAAUGAUUAAGUUGA